UUAAAAUAUUAUCUUUUUAGCAUAAUGUCGUACAAAAUCAUUCUGAAUAUUUAUGACCUCAGUCCAGCCAACAAGUAUCUCUACUCAGUGGGGCUUGGCUUCUACCAUACUGGAGUCGAGGUUAAUGGUAAAGAAUGGAGCUUCGGUGGCAACCCAGAGAUGACAGGUACCGGAGUGUUUGAUUCAGAACCUCUAUCCCUUGAGGGUGAAGCUUAUAGAGCCUCUGUCGAGCUCGGCACUAUCUCCAGCAUGUCUGAAUUUUAUAGAGCAUUAGAAAUAGUGAAGCAAGACUUUGAAGCGAAUCAGUAUAAUGUAUUAACCAAAAAUUGAAACCACUUCUCUGAUGCGAUCUGCAGAAAAAUGUUAGGUAGAGGAAUUCCAGGUUAUAUCAACAGGAUGGCAAAGAUGGGAUCCUGAUGUCGUUGUCUGAUACCUAAAAAGAUGAUGAAUAAUGACCCUGUACUUUCAGGUAACAAUCCUCAAAGUAAGGCUCAAAAUUCUUCGAACGGUUAUCAGUACAAUCAUAUCAGAGAUACUUCAAACCCAAGUGGAUUUCAAGCAUUUAGAGGAAAGGGGACUCGGAUCGGAGAUGCAUAAGUAGCUUUCACUUCUAU